UUUAAAAAUCAUAAUUCUGGGUUACCUGUGUGUUCAGCAUGGCGGCUCGUCCUGUUCUCGUAGUUCUUGUGGUUUGUCUAAGUAUGGUUUACGCCAAGCAGUGUAAAAAAUUGGACAAUUGUCGAUGUGAGAUGGAUGAUGGUAGUGGAAUCAUUGAUUUGAAUGGUAUUAAUAACAAGGACGGCACUCCAAGGUUUACAGGCAUUAGAGACGCAGGCGGGUCAUCAGCCUCUCAGUACACGUACAGCUAUAACCCUUGUACACCUCUURCUAAAGGACCAGAUGAUGUAUGCAAAGAUGCAAAUAUGUGCCAAAUAGAUGCAGUAUCUGGAGCACAAGUAACCUACUAUCCGUGCAACACAGGGGGCCCGUCGUUUACUGUCGAUAGCAACAACAAUGUUGUUCUGAAAUACCCAGAAACAACCUACUCAUAUUACACAAGGUCAACUGAAAUAACGUUGAUAUGUGAGUCCAGUAAUGUGAAAGGAACAAUGAGCUCUGUUAAUCAAUAUGUGCCUCCUGACACAACAUCCACCAGUAUAUAUCAAUCAAAACUUCGAGCAAAGAGUGCAUGCCCAUCAACAUCGUCGUCGUCAUCAUCUGGUGGUCUCAGCACUGGUAGUAUUCUAUUAAUCAUAUUCUUUCCUUUGUUGCUGCUGUAUGUCGUCAUAGGCAUCAUUAUCAACGUUAAAGUCAGAAACAAGCAAUCUGUACCUGAAGCUUGUCCUAAUUAUGAAUUCUGGGUAGGCUUUCCUUCUCUGGUCAAGGACGGGUGUAUAUUUUCAUUUGGCAAGCUCAAAAUCUGUUGUUGUUUCAUGUAUGCGAAAGCAAGAGGAGAAUCAUAUGCUGAAAUAUGAACAUCGAUGAUUAAGAACCAGAAAACCUUGACUCAACCCGAUACACACCACAAGGAUGGAUCCAGCGGUUUGCGAGGAUGCAUUGUAUUCUUUCUUGUCUUUCAUGUUGCAGUCAUUCCAGUAUAAUUGCCCUAAACGUCUUUCGAGAGAAAAUCCUCUCUUCGCUUCUAUUGUAUAUACAUAUAUAGCUGCCAGAUACUUCGAAAAUCCUUACGUCGGUGCCAUGCUGGAACUAUUUGAUAUUCAAGUGGUUAAUUUGCUUCAAUGCAAAAAUAAUCAAAACCUAAUUCGACCCUAAUCCAACCCGAAUUCGUUCGAACCUGACCUGACUCAAAUCUACCAUAACCCGACACCCUAAGUGGGACCUUAUCAGACAAAGCCAUACAAUUACGUAGCAUCAUAAUUUCACCCAAAAAGUUAUUUUAAAUAGAGCCUUUUGCGUGGAUAAUUUAUCAAUCGUGUCUUUCAACCUUCCUGCACAGUAAGCUCAACUACGCGAAUUAAUAAAAGUGAUGAAAACUUCAAA